AUGUUGAACGGUGGUGGGCCGUCGACGUCGGUGGGCAAAACCACCGCGUCCCCGGUUCGGGCCUCGCCGAGUCCUGUCCGCAUUCCGUCCCCUCUGAAGUCCGCAUUAUCCCCCGCGGGCCGCCAGAGAUCUCCUAGGCGGUGUCAGUUUGCGGCCCCCUCAGAGGACCCGAAGGACAAAUGUGGCACGUCCUGGCUGUGUCGGAGAGGGGCCGGAGUUGAGGGGGAGGACUCGGGCUCAGAGUCACCGGGACCGAGCGUCCCCCUGCCGCAGGGUUGUGAGGACUCCGCGCCGCCGCCGAAGAACUGCUUCAGACUGGUUAUGCUGGGUUCUGCUCGCGUGGGCAAGACCUCCCUCGUCGCGCGUUUUCUGGGCACCAAGUUUGAGGACAGCUACACGCCCACCAUCGAGGACUUCCACCGGAAGCUGUACCGCAUCAGGGGCGAGGUGUACCAGCUCGACCUGCUGGACACCUCCGGCAACCAUCCCUUCCCGGCGAUGAGACGGCUGUCGUUUCUUACAGGCGACCUCUUCGUGCUGGUAUUCGCGAUGGACUGCCGCGAGUCCUUCGAGGAGGUGAUUCGCCUCCGGGAGCAGAUCCUCGAGACGAAGGCGAACGCGGGGGGUGGCGGGGGAAGAGGGAGGAAGCAGGCGCUGCGCGUGCCCAUGGCGCUCGCGGGCAACAAGUGCGAUAGAGAACUCAAGACUGUCCAACCCGAGGAAGCUACGGCGUACUGCGCGACUCAAGACUCGUCGUGCGUGUUCGUUGAAACUUCCGCGAAAAAGAACUUCCAAGUUGACGACCUAUUCUACGAGCUGUUCGUCGUCGCCAACUUACCCCUGGAGAUGGCUCCGAACCACCACAAACGGGUCACCACCACCUUCGGGAGCCCCUGCACCCUCCCACCCACGAGCAGCCAGAGCAGUCGGAGUAAAAAGUGCACUCUAUCCAUCAAGAGAAAGCUGUCCGACGCGUGUGGGGUAGUAGCCCCAAACGUGAGGAGACCCAGCAUUCGCACAGACCUGAUGAUCAUGAGAACGAAGACAUGUGCCAAAGGAGAUGGGGACAGUGGGAGUGGGAGCCCCAAGUUGAAUCUGCAGAGGUUGGUUCGUAAUGAUAAUAAGAGGUCGUGUAAUAUUCAGUAA